AUGUUUCGGGGUGGGACGUUUGCGGGGGGCGAGGGUCCCCGGAGAAGGUGCGCGCGAGCGGGCGACGUUUCGGGGGGAGGCGUUUGCGGGGGGCGAGGGUCCCCGGAGAAGGUGCGCGCGAGGGGGCUACGUUUCGGGGGGAGGCGUUUGCGGGGCGCGCGGGUCCCCGGAGAAGGUGCGCGCGAGGGGGCGACGUUUCGGGGGAAGACGUUUGCGGGGCUCGCGCGGGUCCGUAGAAGGUGCGCGCGAGCGGGCGACGUUUCGGGGGGAGACGUUUGCAGGGCUCGAGCGGGUCCGGAGAAGGUGCGCGCGAGCGGGAGACGUUUCGGGGGGAGACGUUUGAAGGGGCGCGGGGGUCCGGAGAAGGUGCGCGCGAGCGGGCAACGUUUCAGGGGGAGACGUUUGCGGGGGGCGCGGGGGUCCGGAAAAGGUGCGCGCGAGCGGGUGACGUUUCGGGGGGAGACGUUUGCGGGGGGCGCGGGGGUCCGGAGAAGGUGCGUGCGAGCGGGCGACGUUUCUGGGGGAGACGUUUGCGGGGGGCGAGGGUCCCCGGAGAAGGUGCGCGGAGCGGGCGACGUUUCGGGGGGAGACGUUUGCGGGGGGGCGCGGGUCCCUGGAGAAGGUGCGCGCGAGCGGGCGACGUUUCGGGGGGAGACGUUUGCGGGGGGCGCGGGUCCCCGGAAAAGGUGCGCGCGAGCGGGCGACGUUUCGGGGGGAGACGUUUGCGGGGGGCGCGGGGGUCCGGAGAAGGUGCACGCGAGUCGGCGACGUUUCGGGGGGAGACGUUUGCGGGGCUCGAGCGGGUCCGGAGAAGGUGCGCGCGAGCGGGCGACGUUUCAGGGGGAGACGUUUGCGGGGGGGGCGGGGGUCCGGAGAAGGUGCGCGCGAGCGGGCGACGUUUCGGGGGGAGACGUUUGCGGGGGGCGAGGGUCCCCGGAGAAGGUGCGCGGAGCGGGCUACGUUUCGGGGGGAGACGUUUGCGGGGGGCGCGGGUCCCCGGAGAAGGUGCGCGCGAGCGGGCGACGUUUCGGGGGGAGACGUUUGCAGGGGGCGCGGGUCCCCGGAGAAGGUGCGCGCGAGCGGGCGACGUUUCGGGAGGAGACGUUUGCGGGGGGCGCGGGUCCCCGGAGAAGGUGCGCGCGAGCGGGCGACGUUUCGGGGGGGGACGUUUGCGGGGGGCGCGGGUCCCCGGAGAAGGUGCGCGCGAGCGGGCGACGUUUCGGGGGGAGACGUUUGCGGGGCUCGCGCGGGUCUGGGGAAGGUGCGCGCGAGCGGGAGACGUUUCGGGGGGAGACGUCUGCGGGGGGCGCGGGGGUCCGGAGAAGGUGCGCGCGAGCGGGCGACGUUUCGGGGGGAGGCGUUUGCGGGGGGCGCGGGGGUCCAGAGAAGGUGCUUGCGAGCGGGCGACGUUUCGGGGGGAAACGUUUGCGGGGGGCGCGGGGGUCCGGAGAAGUUGCUUGCGAGCGGGCGACGUUUCGGGGGGAGACGUUUGCGGGGGGCGCGGGGGUCCGGAGAAGGUGCGCGCGAGCGGGCGACGUUUCGGGGGGAGACGUUUGCGGGGGGCGCGGGGGUCCGGAGAAAAUGCGCGCGCGCGGGCGACGUUUCGGGGGGAGACGUUUGCGGGGGGCGCGGGGGUCCGGAGAAGGUGCGCGCGCGCGGGCGACGUUUUGGGGGGAGACGUUUGCGGGGGGGGGCGGGGGUCCGGAGAAGGUGCGCGCGAGCGGGCGAUGUUUCGGGGUGGGACGUUUGCGGGGGGGGAGGGUCCCCGGAGAAGGUGCGCGCGAGCGGGCGACGUUUCGGGGGGAGGCGUUUGCGGGGGGCGAGGGUCCCCGGAGAAGGUGCGCGCGAGGGGGCUACGUUUCGGGGGGAGGCGUUUGCGGGGCGCGCGGGUCCCCGGAGAAGGGCUCGAGCGGGUCCGGAGAAGGUGCGCGCGAGCGGGAGACGUUUCGGGGGGAGACGUUUGAAGGGGCGCGGGGGUCCGGAGAAGGUGCGCGCGAGCGGGCAACGUUUCAGGGGGAGACGUUUGCGGGGGGCGCGGGGGUCCGGAAAAGGUGCGCGCGAGCGGGUGACGUUUCGGGGGGAGACGUUUGCGGGGGGCGCGGGGGUCCGGAGAAGGUGCGUGCGAGCGGGCGACGUUUCUGGGGGAGACGUUUGCGGGGGGCGAGGGUCCCCGGAGAAGGUGCGCGGAGCGGGCGACGUUUCGGGGGGAGACGUUUGCGGGGGGGCGCGGGUCCCUGGAGAAGGUGCGCGCGAGCGGGCGACGUUUCGGGGGGAGACGUUUGCGGGGGGCGCGGGUCCCCGGAAAAGGUGCGCGCGAGCGGGCGACGUUUCGGGGGGAGACGUUUGCGGGGGGCGCGGGGGUCCGGAGAAGGUGCACGCGAGUCGGCGACGUUUCGGGGGGAGACGUUUGCGGGGCUCGAGCGGGUCCGGAGAAGGUGCGCGCGAGCGGGCGACGUUUCAGGGGGAGACGUUUGCGGGGGGGGGCGGGGGUCCGGAGAAGGUGCGCGCGAGCGGGCGACGUUUCGGGGGGAGACGUUUGCGGGGGGCGAGGGUCCCCGGAGAAGGUGCGCGGAGCGGGCUACGUUUCGGGGGGAGACGUUUGCGGGGGGCGCGGGUCCCCGGAGAAGGUGCGCGCGAGCGGGCGACGUUUCGGGGGGAGACGUUUGCAGGGGGCGCGGGUCCCCGGAGAAGGUGCGCGCGAGCGGGCGACGUUUCGGGAGGAGACGUUUGCGGGGGGCGCGGGUCCCCGGAGAAGGUGCGCGCGAGCGGGCGACGUUUCGGGGGGGGACGUUUGCGGGGGGCGCGGGUCCCCGGAGAAGGUGCGCGCGAGCGGGCGACGUUUCGGGGGGAGACGUUUGCGGGGCUCGCGCGGGUCUGGGGAAGGUGCGCGCGAGCGGGAGACGUUUCGGGGGGAGACGUCUGCGGGGGGCGCGGGGGUCCGGAGAAGGUGCGCGCGAGCGGGCGACGUUUCAGGGGGAGACGUUUGCAGGGGGCGCGGGGGUCCGGAGAAGGUGCGCGCGAGCGGGCGACGUUUCGGGGGGAGGCGUUUGCGGGGGGCGCGGGGGUCCAGAGAAGGUGCUUGCGAGCGGGCGACGUUUCGGGGGGAAACGUUUGCGGGGGGCGCGGGGGUCCGGAGAAGGUGCUUGCGAGCGGGCGACGUUUCGGGGGGAGACGUUUGCGGGGGGCGCGGGGGUCCGGGGAAGGUGCGCGCGAGCGGGCGACGUUUCGGGGGGAGACGUUUGCGGGGGGCGCGGGGGUCCGGAGAAGGUGCGCGCGCGCGGGCGACGUUUCGGGGGGAGACGUUUGCGGGGGGCGCGGGGGUCCGGAGAAGGUGCGCGCGAGCGGGCGACGUUUCGGGGUGGGACGUUUGCGGGGGGCGAGGGUCCCCGGAGAAGGUGCGCGCGAGCGGGCGACGUUUCGGGGGGAGGCGUUUGCGGGGAGCGCGGGUCCCCGGAGAAGGUGCGCGCGAGGGGGCGACGUUUCGGGGGGAGACGUUUGCGGGGCUCGCGCGGGUCCGUAGAAGGUGCGCGCGAGCGGGCGACGUUUCGGGAGGAGACGUUUGCGGGGGGCGAGGGUCCCCGGAGAAGGUGCGCGCGAGUGGGUGACGUUUCGAGGGGAGACGUUUGCGGGGGGCGCGGGUCCCCGGAGAAGGUUCGCGCGAGCGGGCGACGUUUCGGGGGGAGACGUUUGCGGGGGGCGCGGGUCCCCGGAGAAGGUGCGCGCGAGCGGGCGACGUUUCGGGGGGAGACGUUUGCGGGGGCCGCGGUCCUUAGAGAAGGUGCGCGCGAGCAGGCGACGUUUCGGGGGGAGACGUUUGCGGGGGGCGCGGGUCCCCGGAGAAGGUGCGCGCGAGCGGGCGACGUUUCGGGGGGAGACGUUUGCGGGGCUCGCGCGGGUCUGGGGAAGGUGCGCGCGAGCGGGAGACGUUUCGGGGGGAGACGUCUGCGGGGGGCGCGGGGGUCCGGAGAAGGUGCGCGCGAGCGGGCGACGUUUCAGGGGGAGACGUUUGCAGGGGGCGCGGGGGUCCGGAGAAGGUGCGCGCGAGCGGGCGACGUUUCGGGGGGAGGCGUUUGCGGGGGGCGCGGGGGUCCGGAGAAGGUGCUUGCGAGCGGGCGACGUUUCGGGGGGAAACGUUUGCGGGGGGCGCGGGGGUCCGGAGAAGUUGCUUGCGAGCGGGCGACGUUUCGGGGGGAGACGUUUGCGGGGGGCGCGGGGGUCCGGAGAAGGUGCGCGCGAGCGGGCGACGUUUCGGGGGGAGACGUUUGCGGGGGGCGCGGGGGUCCGGAGAAGGUGCGCGCGCGCGGGCGACGUUUCGGGGGGAGACGUUUGCGGGGGGCGCGGGGGUCCGGAGAAGGUGCGCGCGCGCGGGCGACGUUUUGGGGGGAGACGUUUGCGGGGGGGGCGGGGGUCCGGAGAAGGUGCGCGCGAGCGGGCGAUGUUUCGGGGUGGGACGUUUGCGGGGGGCGAGGGUCCCCGGAGAAGGUGCGCGCGAGCGGGCGACGUUUCGGGGGGAGGCGUUUGCGGGGAGCGCGGGUCCCCGGAGAAGGUGCGCGCGAGGGGGCUACGUUUCGGGGGAAGACGUUUGCGGGGCUCGCGCGGGUCCGUAGAAGGUGCGCGCGAGCGGGCGACGUUUCGGGGGGAGACGUUUGCAGGGCUCGAGCGGGUCCGGAGAAGGUGCGCGCGAGCGGGAGACGUUUCGGGGGGAGACGUUUGAAGGGGCGCGGGGGUCCGGAGAAGGUGCGCGUGAGCGGGCAACGUUUCAGGGGGAGACGUUUGCGGGGGGCGCGGGGGUCCGGAAAAGGUGCGCGCGAGCGGGUGACGUUUCGGGGGGAGACGUUUGCGGGGGGCGCGGGGGUCCGGAGAAGGUGCGUGCGAGCGGGCGACGUUUCUGGGGGAGACGUUUGCGGGGGGCGAGGGUCCCCGGAGAAGGUGCGCGGAGCGGGCGACGUUUCGGGGGGAGACGUUUGUGGGGGGGCGCGGGUCCCUGGAGAAGGUGCGCGCGAGCGGGCGACGUUUCGGGGGGAGACGUUUGCGGGGGGCGCGGGUCCCCGGAAAAGGUGCGCGCGAGCGGGCGACGUUUCGGGGGGAGACGUUUGCGGGGGGCGCGGGUCCCCGGAGAAGGUGCGCGGAGCGGGCUACGUUUCGGGGGGAGACGUUUGCGGGGGCCGUGGGUCCCCGGAGAAGGUGCGCGCGAGCGGGCGACGUUUCGGGGGGAGACGUUUGCAGGGGGCGCGGGUCCCCGGAGAAGGUGCGCGCGAGCGGGCGACGUUUCGGGAGGAGACGUUUGCGGGGGGCGCGGGUCCCCGGAGAAGGUGCGCGCGAGCGGGCGACGUUUCGGGGGGGGACGUUUGCGGGGGGCGCGGGUCCCUGGAGAAGGUGCGCGCGAGCGGGCGACGUUUCGGGGGGAGACGUUUGCGGGGCUCGCGCGGGUCUGGGGAAGGUGCGCGCGAGCGGGAGACGUUUCGGGGGGAGACGUCUGCGGGGGGCGCGGGGGUCCGGAGAAGGUGCGCGCGAGCGGGCGACGUUUCAGGGGGAGACGUUUGCAGGGGGCGCGGGGGUCCGGAGAAGGUGCGCGCGAGCGGGCGACGUUUCGGGGGGAGACGUUUGCGGGGGGCGCGGGGGUCCGGGGAAGGUGCGCGCGAGCGGGCGACGUUUCGGGGGGAGACGUUUGCGGGGGGCGCGGGGGUCCGGAGAAGGUGCGCGCGCGCGGGCGACGUUUCGGGGGGAGACGUUUGCGGGGGGCGCGGGGGUCCGGAGAAGGUGCGCGCGCGCGCGGGCGACGUUUCGGGGGGAGACGUUUGCGGGGGGGGCGGGGGUCCGGAGAAGGUGCGCGCGAGCGGGCGACGUUUCGGGGUGGGACGUUUGCGGGGGGCGAGGGUCCCCGGAGAAGGUGCGCGCGAGCGGGCGACGUUUCGGGGGGAGGCGUUUGCGGGGAGCGCGGGUCCCCGGAGAAGGUGCGCGCGAGGGGGCGACGUUUCGGGGGGAGAAGUUUGCGGGGCUCGCGCGGGUCCGUAG